CGGAAAGAGAUCGUUACCUCUUGUUGUCCGCCAUCAUCUUCAACCCCUCUCCUCCUCUAUCCCUCUCCUUUCACUCGUCGACUCUUCAUCCUCCCCCUCCUCUUCCUCCCCCCCCUACUCUCUCUCUCUGCUGUUCAUCAUGGCAGCUAACGUUCCUCCUUCCGCUGAGACUCUCCUCAGCGGUGCCGCCGCCCACCCACCCAAGACCGCUGAAGAGAUCGCCAACCAGUAUGACUUGUUGCCCAAGUUGAUCCCUUAUCUCGACCGUCACUUGGUUUUCCCCCUGCUCGAAUUCAGCUCCGGCCAGGAUGAUGAAACCGUGGUUGUCCGUGCGAAAUACGAGCUUCUCAAGCACACCAACAUGACCGACUAUGUGGCCAACCUGUGGAAGGAAAUCAACAACUCCGAUUCGAUCCCCAGUGAAUUUGUGAAGAAAAGGGAGGAGGUCCUCGCCAAGUUGCAAUUUUACCAGGAGGAGAGCGCCAAGAUUACCGAAUUGCUGCAAGAUGAGAGUGUGGUGGCCAACCUGCGGAGCGACAAGGUUGCCAACUUGAGGUUCUUGGAGGAAGAGCACGGAGUCACCGUUGAGAUGCUCAACAGCCUUUACGAUUAUGGUCGAUUCCAGUACAGCUGUGGUAGCUAUGGAAACGCUGCUGAGCUCCUCUAUCAGUUCCGUGUUCUUUCCACCGACAACGACAAGGUUGCCUCCGCCACAUGGGGUAAACUGGCUUCGGAGAUCCUCACCACCAACUGGGAGGCUGCCAUGGAGGAGGUCCAGAAAGUCAAGGAUUCGAUUGAAACCCGUCUAUUCAACAACCCUCUGGGUCAGCUCCAGAACCGUUCCUGGUUGAUUCACUGGUCGCUCUUCCCUUUCUUCAACCACGACCCCGCCCGCGAUGUCCUCACCGAUCUCUUUUUCUCCCCCGCCUACAUCAACACCAUCCAGACCAGCUGCCCUUGGGUUCUGCGAUACCUUGCCGCCGCUGUUAUCACCAACCGUAACCGUGCACACAAGAACAGCAGCCUGUACCAGAAGCAGCUGAAGGAUCUGAUUCGCGUUGUCCGCCAGGAGGGAUACGAGUACUCCGACCCCAUCACCGACUUCGUCAAGGCUCUGUACGUCGACUUCGACUUCGAGGAAGCCCAGAAGAAGCUUGGUGAGGCUGAGGAUGUGCUGCGCAGCGACUUCUUCCUUGUCUCCGCCGCCGAUGCUUUUGUCGAAGCUGCCCGGCACCUGAUCUCUGAGAGCUACUGCAAGAUUCACCAGCGCAUUGAUAUCAAGGACCUAUCGACCCGUCUCGGACUCAACCAGGACGAGGGUGAGAAGUGGAUUGUGAACCUGAUCCGUGAUACCCGAGUGGACGCCAAGAUUGAUUACAAGGAGGGCACAGUCAUCAUGAACCACCCCCCUCAGUCCGUAUACCAGCAAGUCAUCGAGAAGACGAAGGGUGCAUUCUUCCGGACACAAGUUCUCAGUGCGGCCGUUGCGAAAUAAACAGCCUCCUUUGCGCCCGUUUCGCUUUGAAAACAAAAUUCGUCUUUUCCCAUUCAAUUGUUGGUUCUGUUCAUGUUGGUAGUAUUCCCCCUGCAGAGUGUAUGGGCUUCUUAAACGAUGGAAACCUAGCAGAGUGGCAUCAGGCCGGCGUUCAGGUGGUCCGCUUUCGAUUUCGUUUUUUUAUCCCUUAUUUCCUUAUUAUUACUACUAUACUAUCCCGUUUUCUCCAGAAUGGCUCUCCUGCUUUUAACAUAACAAGCAUGAUAUUCCGAUCCUUUCCGGGCGCUGAGAGGCACCAAGAAGGACUAGAUAGAGAGGAAUGGAGGAGAGAGAGAGAGAGAGAGGAAGAAGAAAAGGGAAAAAUUGGAGAGAGCAACUCAUAUCUUUCUUUCUUCCAUGCUUAUCUUUUUUUUUUUUUCCUUUUUAUUUUCGGAUA